GUUUCUCAUCCCUUUGCUGCUGUGGGACAGAGAUCUCCCCUCUUCAGUCCUUGUACAGCUCAAGCUCUAACUGGAAGGCAUUUGCUCUCAACAGCCCUUUUCUCAGAGGUGUCCAGCCUGAACAAACUACACGAGACAUCACAAACGUAAUGUCAAAACUUCAGAGUCGAUGUUUUAUUUGAGUAAAGAUUUUGAAAUCCCGUCAGAAGUGUGACCGCCAUUGCAAAAGGAAGUAGGGGUUUGGAGAAAAAAACUGAUUGUUAUCCCUGACGUAUCUGCAAAGUGUUAGCCACAUUAAAAGCACUGUAAUAAGAAUUAUGGCUCUACUGGUCUACUCACUUCAGCUCCUAGCAUUCACCUUACUACUAGCCUUGGUUACUGCAACGCAAGGUGGUGUUUAUUAUGGGAUUAAGCCGAUUCCACCACAGAUCGCUCAGCUGCAGGUUCUAGGACAGCAGCAGAUACCUCACCUACCUUUGGGCAAAGAAGGCCUUCCCAUUCAUCCUAUUCCCAAGGAAGUGCCAGCAUUCCACUACAGGAAGGACAUCCCACACUUGCCACAGUACAUGAAAGAAAUACCGCAGAUGCCAGUUAUUGGCAAGGAGAUAAUGCCAAGGAUAAAUGUUAAAGCAGAAAUUCCUCAGAUUGGACCAAAAGGUGAAAAAGGUCAUCCAGGGGAACCAGGACCAAGAGGACCACCAGGACCACCAGGACUGCCAGGCAUUGGAAUUCCAGGACAAGCAGGAAAAGUAGGCCCUCAGGGUCCUCCUGGAAUCCCAGGUAUUGGGAAACCAGGAAUGCCAGGAAUGCCAGGGAAACCAGGAAAUGUUGGAUUACCUGGAGCCAGAGGUGAUAUUGGACCAAAAGGAGAAGCUGGACCAAUGGGAAUGCCAGGACCAAAAGGGCUGCCUGGUCCAUCAGGAGUUCCUGGAUUUGGAAAACCAGGAAUUCAAGGAUUACCAGGAAAACCAGGACAGAGAGGUGAGCCAGGACUCAGGGGGCCACCAGGUCUGCCAGGUGGUCCAGGACCUAUUGGACAGAAGGGGAUUGGUCUUCCUGGCAUGCCAGGAUUGAAAGGCCCAGCUGGUCCACCAGGGCCUCCAGGUCCAGCUGGCAUGCCAGGAAUUAGCAAACCUGGUAUUAAUGGCUUACCAGGUUCUCCUGGUGCUGCAGGAAAACCAGGGUCUCAGGGGGAAAGAGGUCCAGUGGGUCCACCAGGACCACUUGGUAUUCAAGGACCACCUGGUACUCCUGGGAUUGGAAAAUCAGGCAAGGAUGGUAUUCCUGGUCAACCUGGAGCUCCAGGUUUUAAAGGUGAUAAGGGUUUGCCAGGUUUUCCAGGACCUCAAGGUCCUCCAGGAAUUAGUACUCCAGGUUUUCCAGGACCAAAAGGUGAACGUGGGGCAUCUGGUCUUCCUGGAGAACCUGGUAUAAAGGGUGAGAAGGGGAAUGAUGGUAUACCAGGAACUGCUGGUCCUUUGGGUGAACCAGGACUUCCAGGUCUACCUGGACCUAUUGGACCUUCAGGUGUUCCAGGUAUUCCUGGAUCAAAAGGAGAGUUUGGGCUACCAGGCCCUCCUGGCCCUAUUGGACCAAGAGGAGAACCAGGUCACAAGGGCCUACCAGGUGGACCAGGCUUCCCUGGUGAGAUGGGUCAACCUGGUCAAAAUGGAUUACCAGGACCAACAGGACCAAAAGGUGAACCGGGGCUUAAAGGAAUGGCAGGGCUUCCUGGAUCUCCAGGGCUUCCAGGUCAUAAAGGUGAAAUAGGAUUACCUGGGGAAAAAGGUCAGCAAGGCCCACCUGGUAUUCCAGGACUGAUAGGACCAAGUGGCCCCAUUGGUCCUCCAGGUGUUUUAGGAGCAAAGGGAGAGCAAGGUCCCCCAGGUCCUCAUGGACCCCCAGGAGUAGGAAGCCCAGGUGCUCCAGGAGAGCAUGGUCCAAUUGGAAGGCCUGGACCAAUAGGCCCUUCUGGCCCAUCAGGCCCACCUGGCCCACCUGGUCCUCCUGGGCCUCCUGGUCCAACAACAGUUGUCUCACCUGUACAACCAGAUGCUGGAGAAAUUUUGCCACACUUAGGUGCCAUUGAUGGAAAGAAGUCACCUUUUGACUACACAGGGAAGAAAGGAAAAAUAGAUAGCUUCCUUCUUGAGAUGCCUGCAUUCACAGCUGAACUGACUGUACCUUUCCCUCCAGUUGGAACUCCUGUCAAGUUUGACAAAAUUCUGUAUAAUGGUAGACAUGGUUACAAUCCACUUACAGGUAUUUUCACGUGUGACAUUCCUGGCAUUUAUUACUUCACAUACCAUGUCCAUUGCAAAGGUGCUAAUAUUUGGGUGGCCUUGUAUAAGAAUACUGACCCAGUGAUGUACACAUAUGAUGAGUACAAGAAGGGCUACCUUGACCAGGCCUCAGGGAGUGCUGUGCUUCCAUUAAUGCAUGGAGAUCAAGUCUAUAUUCAAAUGCCUUCUGACCAAGCAGCAGGACUUUAUGCUGGGCAGUAUGUCCAUUCAUCUUUUUCUGGCUAUCUCUUAUAUGCAUUAUAAACUGAUACAAAUAUAUUUCAUAGCUUUACAUUUUCAUUUGUGUACUUUUGAGAGUAUUUUGCAACUUGGAUCACAUUUCACACUUAUAAGUAUUAAUCGGUUAACAUUACAUGUAUUCACAUUUCCUUAAGCGGUACUCAUGGUUGCAGAAAACACGUUUCUGAUAUAUACCAUAUCUAUUCCAUACAGAAGCUUCCAUACACUGCAGUAACAGAUGGCAAGUUGAUUACUCCUAUAUGGCCAGCAGUCAGAUUGUUGCCUGUAAUAUAUUGCUUGUAUAUUUCUGCUUGUUGCUUUGAAUUUUCUGUGUCUGAGCCAGUCAGAUCUGCCAGGGUGGGGUGGGGUGCAAAAUAUUCGUAUGUUGAAAUCACUAGACAGCAAAUAUAACUCUAAACAAAGCAUAGAACAAUGUCUUUAUUACUCAGUCAUAUGUUACAAAGGAUGAAUUUCUGGAUGUAUAUUUUAGAACGGUGGUACUCAAUAAUAAACCCAAGAACUGUUGUACUGAACACUCUGUUACCCAAAUCAUCACAGAUGUAUAUCUGGAUUAAGGAGUAUUUGUGAAUGUUGUAAUUAUUUGCCAAGAGAAACAAAGUCAUAUAUGAUUUGUAUUUUUUCCUCUGGAGUAUCUGAAACACUAUUUCUUGUUGGUUUCAUUAUAGUCACACUGGUCAUCAAGAAGUACAAUCCAACCAGGAUGCAGACCCCUCACCCACUGUAAAAUAACCUGUUAUUUAACGGGAAUCUAGUAUGAGCACUAUAUGUGAAUGUAGUAGCAUAUUCUACAAAGUUUUCAGCUACACUCCAUAAAAAUGUAUUAGGCCUAACUCAUCUGAGGUUUCCACUUGGGAUAUAGAAGAAAUGCUGUAAAAACAGAAGGGAUAUCAUGCAUGCUUCAGAAUUUCCAGCAGGGUAGUUAUGUUUUGCGGUCAGGAUAAAAUAGCAAAUCAUCUUUGAAAAGUCUAGCUCAGUGGCCUAAGAUGGUGUUGUUUCAUUCUGGCACAGACAGGCGUUAAGUUACGCAGCUGUUGCAGAAGAAUUAAUCAGCAAAAUAUGUUUGCCUGGAUUAGGAGCCAAUCAUCCCACAGCAGGAAAUAAAUAAGGAAAAGAACACCUGUGUUUGGCAUUACACCUGACAUCAAGAUGGCAGGUAGAUUUUAAAAGGCAGCAAAAAGUAUUGAGAACUCUCAUAGAAAUCUCUAGUGAGGAAAAACUAGAAAUACACUGCUCUUCUCUUUAGCAAAAGUAGACAAGGUUUACCUUGCAUCUAGCACUGAAAAAAAUCAAUGAGGUGGUGUAGAUGUUCAAAGAAGGGCCUAGUAAAUUAACGUAGACAGCAUAUACAUAUAUAUAUAUAUAUAUAUAUAUAUAUAUAUAUAUAUAUAUAUAUAUAUAUAGAUAUAUAUAGAUAUAUAUAUUGCAGAGAAAGAAAGAAAGGUGAAGAGGUAAGACAGAUAAAAGAGGGAAGAUUAUUUCAGAGAAAACAAACCUGUUGCAAAAAUGCAACAUGGCACAGUACUUUAGACAAUAAUAUUUAAUGGAAAUCUAAGGGAAUAUAUUAAUUCAAAGCACAGCAGAGACCUGAAAUAUGCUGACAGAAGAGACGACACAAAAAGUUUAGUAUCUGGUUUUAUACUUGUAUGGCAAUGGCACAUAAAAAGAUCCUGAAAAUGUUAGCUAUGCAGAUUUUGCCAGGAACCCCAAAAAUAACACAGGAUAUAGUAAAAGAAGUGUAAAGAAAUUUUUGAUGACCAACUCUUCAGUGGGCAGAUAGAUGAUUCAAACGUGUCCACAUCUGCAGAUACAUGUGCGUAUACCUUUUACGCAAGUAUGUGUUAUGUGAUUAUAUUAGAUCUGUGGUGCAAGGACAUGAUCUAGUGAGCAGAGAUCUCCUGCAUACAUAGUAAACAUUAUAUUACAAAAGGAAACAAUCAUAACAGGAAAUAAUAUUAUUUAGUCCGCUGCUCAAAUGGAAACCCAAUUAUUAUACACAAAUCUUUCAUUACUAUUCUUACUGCUUGAUUAAAACAUAUGUUAGCAUAAUGCCUCGUUCUGACACUGGAUAGCAGAGAUUCAAUAAUCCAUUAUACUACUUACGCAGUUUUGAAGCAUUCAUUUUCUUCAAAAGCAGUCCUUUUAUUUUUUGCAUCAUGAUUAUGC